AUGGCGGAAUCCCAGGUGCUUCUGCUGGACGAGUCGCACGUCAACGAGAAGGUGACGGAGGCCCAGGCUCGCUUCUACUACAGCGAGGAGCAGCGGCGGGCCCUGGAGACGCUGGUGACCCGGGGCGAGGCGGCCUACCGGGAGGCCCUGAGGAAGGAGCAGCUCCGCGACUUUCUCUCCAGCCAUGAGCUGCAAGCCCUGCGGGGCGGCUGGCGGGGAUACGACGACCCCCGGGAGAGCGGCAAGGCGGCGCGGGGACCCGGCGGCGAGACCCUCUCGUUGGCCUACUGGCCCGAGCGCUCGGACACGGAGGUGCCCCCGUUGGAUUUGGGUUGGACCGACAAGACCUUCUACCGGGGCAUCAGCCGGGUGGCCCUCUUCACGCACCCGCGCAAGGAGGAGAGCUCGCCCCACCUGAAGGAGGUGGUGCGGGAGAUGAUCCAGCAGGCGCAGAAGAUUAUUGCAGUGGUCAUGGAUGUAUUUACAGACCGGGACAUCUUCCGUGAUAUUGUUGAUGCAGCUUACAAGCGCUGGAUCCCAGUCUAUAUAAUCCUAGAUGAGGAGAGUGUGAAGCUCUUUCUGGAAAUGUGCAGAUGCCUUGACCUCAGUGACUUGCAGAUCCGGAAUAUCCGCGUACGUUCUGUGACAGGAGUUGGGUUCUACAUGCCAGCAGGGAAGAUCAGAGGCACGUUGGCAUCCCGAUUCCUGAUGGUGGAUGGUGAAAAGGUGGCCACUGGAUCAUACAGCUUCACAUGGAGUUCAUCCCACAUUGACAGAAACAUCCUGCUAGUCUUGACAGGACAGCAUGUGGAGAUGUUUGAUGUUGAGUUUCGUGAGCUCUAUGCCAUCUCAGAGGAAGUUAAUUUCUACAGGGAACUGGGUAUUGCUAACCCAUUCCUUCUUGGAAUUGGGAAGCCAGGCCUUCAUUCCUCCACCGUGGCUCGGAAGUUCAUUAACCCCAAGUAUGGUUUAGUGGCAGGGGCAACCCGUGGUGAUAUGAUGCUCUGGGCUUCACGGCACAGGCAGGAUAAUGAGGGGAACAUGGAAAAGGAGGAAACAAGUGAGUCAAAGAAGCGGUUAAAUCAGUUUCUGAAUGACUUAGUCACAUUGGAGCAGGAGUUCCCAGAAAUUGAUCCACCUCUGGAGAACUUGAACAAGCUGAAUCGGAGCCCUCAGAAACUGUUCUCCCGGCUCCACGUGGACCUGAAAAAUAAAUCCAAAUCCAGAGAGUCUAUUCGUGAUGUGAAGAAAGAAGAUGCACAGGCCAACUCAAAGCAAGGAAAACGGUUUGCCAGUGGGCUUUUCAGUCGCAAGGCCAAACGGUCUCCAGGCUCAAGCAUAGAGGCCAAUUCUUUUGCCAGUGAAGGACAUUCAGCAGAAGACCUUGGAAACAUGAAACUGGAAUAUGAGCGGCUCAGCAUUGGCCAUGCCAGUGUUCGGAGCACUGGAGGCAUCUCAGGUAACGUGGGUCCAAACUCCACCACGAGCGAUAAAAACAAACAAUCUACCUGUGUGUUAUCUUGA